GGAAGCCAAGAGACAGAAGACACAGCAAACAGGUUGGAUAAGAAACCGAGGACAACACUGUGACAUUUGCAGGACGCUCUUUGCUUCUCUUUCUCUGUAUCUCUCUUUCAACUUCUCUCUCUCUUUGUGCCUGCCUUUUUAACACACUUUUUUCACCUCUAACCAUAUGGACUUGGGCCCAGCUUAAAUGUGCAAAGACUGCAGGUCUACUAACAAAAUGCAGAUGCAGCUGACCUUCGUGAUGCUCCUGUUUUUAUUGUGUAAUGGACUGUGCUCAGAUAUAGACCAGGGAAAAAGGGCAAUAGAGGAAGAGGUACUGAGAAGUCUCCUCACUUCAAAGGUAAAGCAGAGAAAGCACAUCGCCCCCCUGUGGCAGCUGCCUCUUCAUGAUGUGUGCAGGAUGAUGAGCAAUCUAGAGGAGCUAUGGCUUGAGGAGGAGCAGGAGGAUGGGGAGGCUCAGGCUGAAUAUGACCAGAGAGUGUCCAGUAGCUUCUCCCAAAUGCUUGAGGAACUGCAUGACUUUCAGAACCUCUGUAGGGUACUCCAGCCCAGAGAGGUUCAAGAUGGCCAAGAAUAUCUGAAUCUCGACCAAAACAGUGACAGCCCACUGAAGAGGAAAUCUCCAUAUAUACUAAAAAGGCAACUGCGCACCAAUAAAUCAAGAAGUCCAUACAUUCUGAAGCAAAAUGUGUAUUACUGAUGCCCAAGACCCACAGAUGAAAAGACAUUUACAUUUUGUGAAUAUGUGUCUGUUCUCACUGUCAUAGCAUCAGUAGUAACAGUAAAUUGUAUGUUUUGUUUUGCUAAACUUUUGUUACAGGUAAAGUUCAUUUCAGAAGUUGAUCCCUUCAUUAUCAUUAUGGGAUGGACAAUGUAAAUAAAACAAAACAGCAGUCAAUUCAAGAGUUUAUCUAAUAUUUAAUAUUCAAAUGUAUUCAAAUGUAUUCAAUGUAUAUUUAUUUUUCUUCCAAAUGUAAUUAAAUC